CUUACCCAUUUUUUCCACUCCAAGUUUCUCCAACCCCCAAAAUUUCAUGACAAACUUCCUACCUUUUCUCCCUUUUAAUUUAUUUAACUCUCUUGCAUUACAUUUCCCCUUAAAUAUAUACCUUACACAUUUCCACUUUCAAACAACUCAAACACCCCAAAUAAUAAUUAUUCUCUCUAUUUUUGCAUGCAAAUAUGAAGAACACCAACACAAACACAAACAAUGCAAAACUCAUUCUUCUCCACCCUUACAUUCUUAAACAAGGAAGCUCAAAUAGGCUAUGGCUUCUAGCAUUUAUCUCUCUUUUCACCCUCAUUUUUCUCCUUACACUUAUAUACACUCGCGACUCGUUUUCUCCCUCCUCCACCACCACCUCCUCCUCCUCCUCCGCCACCUCUACUAGUGGUGCCGCUAUAUCUGCCGCUGUGAUGGGUGGUGGGCACGCGACGGCGCAAUACCCGCUCCCUAAACAUGUGAUGAAUACGCUUAUACAUUACUCUUCUAAUGCUAAUACUACUGAGAAAAUGGAGCUCUCUGAUAUUAAGUCCAUAUCUGAUGUACUACGUAGGUGUCCUUCACCUUGCAAUUUUCUUGUUUUUGGGCUCACCCAUGAAACUUUGCUAUGGCGGGCUCUUAACACUCAUGGUAGAACAUUUUUCAUUGACGAGAACAGGUAUUAUGCUGCAUACAUGGAAGAAAAACACCCAGAAAUUGAAGCCUACGAUGUACAAUACACAACAAAGCUAAGCAACUACAAAGAGUUGAUAUCCUCCGUAAAAGAACAAGCUCACAACGAGUGUAAACCAGUACAAAACUUGCUCUUCUCUGAGUGUAAAUUAGGCAUCAAUGACUUGCCAAACCAAUUUUACGACAUCGAUUGGGAUCUCAUCCUCGUCGACGGUCCUCGAGGUCACUGGGACGCUGCCCCAGGGAGGAUGUCGACUAUCUUCACCGCCAGUGUGUUGGCAAGAAGCAAGAAGACGUCGGCGAGGACGGGGAAGACACAUGUUUUUGUGCAUGACUAUAACUUGGAUCCUCAAAGAGUUGCAAGUGAGGAGUUUUUGUGCAAGGAGAAUUUGGUUGAAAAUAAUGGAAUGCUUGCUCAUUUUGUGUUGGAGAGGAUGGAUGAGAAUUGUUUUCAGUUUUGUCAUUCUAAGGACAAUUCUUCCUAGCUUUAAUGAGGUUCAUAAAUUGGAAUGAUUUAAUUUGUAUUCUUAAAGAGAUUUCAUUUGUAAAUCUUUGAUGUGUAGUGAAAAUGUAAAAUGUUUGAUCAUGCAAUUUGGGCCUAUUAUGGUAUUAGGUAAAUGUUUGUUCUUAUUUAUGAGCAAUUUUCCCCUAAAGAAAGGGCUUGUGAAAAAUAAAUUUUUUGAAUAUUUCGUGUAA